GUCGUCCGUUCAGUCGCCGUCGUUUUUACAUAAAGGUCCCUAUAGUAUUUAAGAAUUUAACCCGCGGUCCCUUUGUGGAUCUGAAAAACGUUUCGUUUCUACACAACAACCCCUACAUUUGUAAGAAUUCACCCUGCGGUCCUUUGUUUAUCUUAUCGACGCGCAGGUGAGGCACAGGAGACGUGCUCAGGUGGGGCGAAGGGGAAGAAGGGCGCGGUGUCCCGCUCGGUCAAGGCCGGCCUCCAUCUGCCCGUCGCCGUCGCCGUGGUAGGACGGGAGGAGGGAGCCCGCCUCCUUCUGGCCGUCGUCGCCGUGGUAGGACGGCAUGGACGCCUCCGGCACCGUCGCGAAGGGAAAGAAAGGCGCCGCCGGGCGCAAGGCCGGCGGGCCCAGGAAGAAGUCGGUGUCCCGCUCGGUCAAGGCCGGCCUCCAGUUCCCCGUCGGCGGCACCGGGCGGUACCUCAAGAAGGGUCGCUACGCGCAGCGCCUCGGCACGGGCACCCUCGUCUACCUCGCCGCCAUCCUCGAGUACCUCGCCGCCGAGCUGCUGGAGCUUGCUGGGAACGCCGCCAAGGACAACAAGAAGAGCCGCAUCAUCCCCCGCCACCUGCUGCUCGCUGUCAGGAACGACGAGGAGCUCGGCAAGCUGCUGGCCGGCGUCACCAUCGCGCACGGCGGCGUGGUCCCCAACAUUAACACGGUGCUGCUCCCCAAGAGGACCGUGGAGAAGGAGGGUAAGGCGCCCAAGUCGCCCAAGAAGGCCGCCACGCCGAAGAAGGCCCGAGGGAGAUGCGUUCUGUGUCGUUUAGGGUGUGUGCAGUGUAGUGUUCUUCUGAAUCUGAAUAGGGGUGUGAAGUCGUUCGGUUAGUUGUUGAUGUACCUUUUGUUGUGAUGGAAGGAAUUCAGAAAUCUCUUUUGAGUUCCCAAA